AUGAAAUAUUAUACCUGUACACAAGAUGGCAAUGGCUUUUGGGCUGAUGCGGAUUUAAUCGAACAUUUACGAAAGCAGCACCACGCUGAUUUUAUCAAAAGGCCUGGACGCCCGGGAAUUAUGGACGAGCAUGGGCAUAUCUGGUAUUGCUUCAAAUGUGAACGGUCUACAAGCGAUCAUAGGAGUUUCAACUCUGAUGGUGCCAUGCUGAACCAUCUUAAGCAUUGCCAUCGAGAUCUUACAGCCUCUGUCUGUGAGCAUUAG